AUGGAAGAGGACCCUUUUUUAGGAGUCCUGUGUGUCUGGACGCCCGACACGGUUGGGGGUCUAGUGUUGCCCUUCUCGGAGAGCUUCUUGAAAGCCUCUGGGGGAGACCCUUGUUUUAAGAUGAAUUUGGGGCCUUAUGGUCUGGAGGUGACGUCUGGCAGGCGAGUACCAUGUGAGCUGGGCUUGGCCCAGCGUGGCACAGAAUAUGAUUUGGUGAUCCAUUCCUGGGAAAAAGACCCUCCGGUUCAAGAAAACAUUCCUAUCAACCGUCAUUUUAAAUGUGUGCAAGAGGCUGAAGAAACUUUGCUGAUCGACAUAGCGACAAACACUGGCUGCAAGAUUCGAGUGCAGGGCAACGGGACCGCAGAACGGCUCUUCGAGGUCCCGGAUGAAGAGCUCUGCUUGAGCUUUCUUUCCGAGGUGCUGCGGAUUCAGAAAGACCUUUCAAAGGCUUCCUUCUCUGAUCUUACGGACCAUCCGUCCUGGCACCAAGUGAAAGGCCUGUCGGGUCCAGCAGAUCCCCUUUCUGCAGGGAUUCUGGGAUUUGAAGAUAACUUCAAUGCUCUGAGUUUGGAGAAGAAAAGAAACCUUCAGAACCAGCAGAUGAGUGCCCGUCGGGAGCCUCCGCCCCCUCCUUUGCCACAAAACAAGCCAGGGCUCCGCGAGAAGGAGGGGGUCAGCAAGGAUCCACCCAAGGUUAGCAACACCAUGCGCAUGUUCUUCACCCCUUCCACACAUACGCAGUCUGGGCAGCGGGAGGGACUCAUUAAGCACGCCAUCGCCAAGAGAGAGAAGGAGUACGUCAACAUCCAGAACUUCAGGUUUUUUGUAGGGACAUGGAAUGUGAACGGCCAGUCUCCAGACAGUGGAUUGGAACCUUGGCUUGGCUGUGACCCAGAACCCCCCGAUAUCUACUGCAUUGGGUUCCAAGAGCUGGACCUGAGCACAGAGGCUUUCUUCUACUUUGAGUCGACCAAGGAACAAGAGUGGCUGAACGCCGUGGAAAAGGCUCUGCACCCCAAGGCCAAAUACAAGAAGGUGCAGCUGGUGCGCUUGGUUGGCAUGAUGUUGCUCGUCUUUGCCCGGAAAGAUCACUACGGCUACAUCAAGGAAGUGAUGGCGGAGACCGUGGGCACCGGCAUCAUGGGGAAAAUGGGUAACAAGGGGGGUGUGGCCGUGCGCUUUGUCUUUCACAAUACCAGCUUCUGCGUCGUCAACUCCCACCUGGCUGCCCAUGUGGAAGACUUUGAGCGCCGCAAUCAAGAUUACAAGGACAUCUGUGCCCGGAUGAGCUUCCAGCCUCCCGACCAGGGUCUGCCGCAGCUCACCAUCAUGAAACAUGAUGUUGUCAUCUGGUUGGGAGAUUUGAACUACAGGCUGUGCCUUCCUGAUGCCAACGAGGUGAAAACUCUGAUCAGUAAAAAUGAGCUUCAGAAACUGCUGAUGUAUGACCAGCUGAAUAUCCAGCGUACUCAAAAAACAGCUUUUGCCGAUUUUACGGAAGGAGAGAUCAGGUUCAUCCCCACAUACAAAUACGACUCAAAAACAGAUCGCUGGGAUUCCAGUGGGAAGUGCCGGGUGCCUGCCUGGUGUGACCGAAUCCUUUGGAGGGGAGGCAGCAUCAACCAGCUCUACUACGGCAGCCACAUGGAGUUAAAAACAAGCGACCACAAGCCCGUCAGCAGCCUCUUCCUCAUAGGGGUGAAGGUUGUGGAUGAACGGCGAUAUCGGAAAGUGUUUGAGGAUAUUGUACGGAUGAUGGACAGGAUGGAGAACGACUUCCUCCCAUCACUGGAGCUGAGCAGAAGAGAGUUCUCAUUCGAGAAUACGAAGUUCCGGCAGCUGCAGAAGGAGAAGUUCCAGAUCACCAACAACGGACAAGUGACGUGCCAUUUCUCCUUCAUCCCCAAGCUCAACGACAGCCAGUAUUGCAAGCCCUGGCUUCGUGCUGAACCCUGUGAGGGCUACUUAGAGCCAAACGAGACGAUCGACAUCUCCCUCGACGUGUACGUCAGCAAGGACUCGGUGACGCUGCUCAAUUCUGGGGAGGACAAGAUUGAGGACAUCCUCGUUCUUCACCUGGACCGUGGCAAGGAUUACUUCCUCACCAUCACGGGCAGCUACCUGCCCAGCUGCUUCGGGACCUCCUUGGAGGCCCUCUGCCGGAUGAGGCGGCCCAUCCGUGAAGUCCCCGUCACACGGCUGAUCGAUCUGGGCGAGGACAGCUUCCUAGAAAAGGAGAAGUCCCUCUUGGACAUGGUGCCCCAGGACAGCGAAGACUCCGGGGAGCGACCUUUGCACGUCCCUAAGGAGAUCUGGCUCUUGGUGGACCACCUCUUCAAGAAUGCUUGCCAUCAGGAAGACCUCUUCCAGACGCCUGGCAUGCAGGAGGAGCUGCAGGAAAUCAUUGAGUGUCUCGACACCAGCAUUCCUGAGACGAUCCCUGGCAGCAACCACUCUGUGGCCGAAGCUCUGCUCAUCUUCUUGGAGGCUCUGCCCGAACCGGUCAUCUGCUAUGAGCUGUAUCAACGUUGCCUUGACUGCUCACACGACAGUCGCCUCUGCCGACAGGUGAUUUGCCAAUUGCCACGGUCCCAUCGGAACGUCUUCCGCUACGUGAUGGCCUUCCUGCGCGAACUGCUGAAAUACUCCGAGAGCAACAACGUCAGUGCCAACAUGCUAGCCACCCUCUUCGCCAGCCUUCUCUUGCGGCCGCCGCCAAACGUUCAGGCGAAGCAAACCCCGCAGGAUCGCCAGCAUGCCAUCGGCUUCCUCCUGGGCUUCCUGCUGGGAGCAGAGGACUACUAAGAGGCGCCAGGACUUGGGCUCUACGCAAGCCCUGCGUGGAGGAGGAGGAGGACGGUUGAGAGAAGACGACGGGGCGGACCGACCGGGUCUCUGUUCUCUGGCACGUUCACUGCAGAGAGGAGGUGGUCUCUUCCCAUUUUCCCACCGCUCUUUCCUGAGCUUCCUCUGUGCCCGUUUUCUCCCUUGGUGCAACUGGCUCCUCACCUGCUCUACUCCCGAGUCGCUCCAAAGCCGCAGGGUGGGGCAGGCAGUUUGCUGGACAUCACCGGGGGACUUGCUGGCUGUUCCCCCACCGUCCAGCUGCCGUGGCGAUGUCCUCCCUCCGGUGUGCCUCCGCUGAGCAUUCGUUCGAGCCGCCUGGGAGAGAGAGGAAGCUGCUGGGCCUUUCUUGGACUUUUGAUCCUUGGUUCCCCGUUGAGAAGGGGGAGGCCCUCUUAGCCCCCUCCGUGCAAUGUUCAGAUCCCCCUCUCGGUUCGGCCAAGGCGAAGGUGCGGCUCUUCUCGUCUUUCUCUUCUGUGGGGCCUCAGUUCUUCAGGAAACACUAAGCACUGUCUAAAGAGGGUGGAGGAAACGGAGAAAGGGGGGCAGCUGAGGAGGAAGAGGAGCCAUAAUCUGGGAGCGGAGCCCCAGACAGCCCUGUGGGGGGCUGCCCCAACACCACCACCCCUCCCUGUUCUACAAGUUUUGUCUGUCUGGUGGUCUGUUCUGGAUUCCUGUACUCUUUGCUCUCCCUUCCUUUCCCCCCUUUCCUCUCCCUCUCUCUCUCUCUCUGUUCCCCCUUCUCUUCCUCCUUCCCUCUUUCUGUUUUUUUUUUAAACAGUAUAAUUUAUUGGGAGACACUGUUGUUUCAAAAUAAAUAUCCAUUGUGCAAAGACA